AUGGCAACUUCAGAGCAGCUAGCUCCAGCGAAAACUCCGGCACCCGAUGUUGUUGGUCAUGCCUUUGUUGAUCAGUACUAUCAUAUGUUGCAUGAGAGCCCUCAGCUUGUGCAUAGGUUUUACCAAGAAGUCAGUAAGCUUGGUCGUCCUGAACCAAAUGGUAUAAUGGGCAUCACUACCACAAUGACUGAAAUUGACAAGAAGAUACUAUCAUUGGGUUAUAGUGAACUGACUGCAGAGAUCAUAUCUGUGGAUGCACAAGAGUCCUAUGGUGGGGGAGUCAUUGUCUUGGUGACUGGGUUUAUGACAGGAAAUGAUGACAUUAAGCAGAAAUUUACUCAAUGUUUCUUCCUUGCUCCUCAAGAGAAAGGCUACUUUGUUUUGAAUGAUGUUUUCAGAUGUGUUGAUGAAAAUGAAAUCAAAGAGUCUGAUCAUGCAAUUGGAUCACCUGCUUCUACUGACAAUGUGUCAGAUCCUCCUUUGCUCGAGACACAAGUCCCAGAGCAAAUAUCUGUGACUGUUGAGGAUGGUGUUAGGGAAGAAGCCUACAUUCCCGAAAAUGAGCAAGUGUCUGUUGAAGAAAAGGAAGCUCCUGUUGCUCAGGUUCUUGAUGAAAAUCCUGAUGGAUUGGCUUCCCAAACUGAAGAAGUACCGAAGAAGUCAUAUGCCUCUAUUGUUAAGGUAAUGAAAGAGGGAGCAGUACCAUCCUCCAUUGUGACAGUUGUUUCUGUGAAAUCUGUCCGUAAGAUUCAAGAACAGCAGAGUACCACUGCACCUCCACCAUUCAGCGGGCCAGAAUCAAAUGGUUCUGGUAUAAACACUAAUGAAGGUGGAAACAAUCAAGAAACUGAAGCUGAGGGAUAUUCAAUUUAUGUGAAAGGGCUGCCUGAAAAUGCUACGAUUGCACUUCUCGAGAAUGAGUUCAAGAAGUUUGGCCCUAUUAAAAGUGGUGGUAUCCAAGUUAGGACGCAAAAGGGAUUUUCCUUUGGCUUUGUGGAGUUUGAAGGGGCAAGUGCCGUGCAAAAUGCUCUCGAGGCUUCACCAAUUCUGAUCAAUGGUCGUAACGUUAUUGUCGAGGAAAAGAGAUCAACUAAUCGAGGUUAUAGAGGUCGAUUCUCGUCUGGAAGGGUACCUGGAUUCAGGGGUGAGGUAGCAAGAGGGCGAGGAAACUAUGGAAAUAGCCGAAGUUUUGGCCAUGGAGACUUUAAUGGCCGUGGAGACUAUAAUGGCCAUGGAGACUAUAAUGGCCAUGGAGACUAUAACGGCCAUGGAGACUAUAACGGGCGCAGAGACUAUAACGGGCGCAGAGACUUUAAUGGAAGAGGGGAAUAUGGAUAUAGGAAUGGUAAUCGGGGAGGAUUUUCAAGCCGUGGAGGUGAUGGGUAUCAGGGAAACGAUCAUAUGGGAACCAAUGGUGGCCGUACAAAUCGUACUGGUGGGCCUUCUGUUAACUCGGCUCCCAAACCUACUGCUGCUAAUCGUGUUCCUGCCUCUGCUUGA